AUGACGAACAAAUCGAAGAAACGGCAUCAUGAUAAAUAUAGGGACCCCUUUGAACUACACAGGCUUCAAUGUGAGUCUAAUAUCAAAAAAAUGAGAAUGGAGAAGCGGUUGAAUGUUUUCAAUGGGAAUGCAAUAAAUUCGGGUACAACUCCGGCCACACUGCAGUUGUCGAAAACAUACAGAAAAAGACUUGUUCUUAGUGAUAAAACCAACACAAAUGGCCUCAAUCAGAAUGCUAAAUAUAGAAAUGAAAAACUGAUGGAUAAACCGAAGGUUACAAUUUCGGGUAUGAGAGACUCAAUUAUUGCAAUGCAUCGAAAAUCUAACACUCAAAAACUAAGCUUCCAGAAGACCUCUGUAAACAAACCUAAUAAAAUUUCUAUAUUUGCCUUGUCCUCAAUUAUAAAGAGUACAAAAUUUACAACGCAUAUGAAGAAUGGUUGCACUAAUCGUCUACUUGAAAUUUCGAGAGAUAUCAUUAUAUAUACCCCGUUCGAAAGCAUUAACAAGAGCAAAGAUAGUAUACUUUCGCAAGCACGUUUAUAUAUAAAGAGCUUUAUUGAAUGGUUCAAAAUUAACAAAUUUGACUACAUUCUUGUUGCUAAGAAUUUGGAGGGUUUGAAAACAAACUCUGAAACUGAAAACCUUCAUGCCAACAUACCAAGGGAGAAAACCUCAGCAUUAACUAAUCAGGAUGUGGGAAUGGUUGGAAAAAUAUCGAAACAAAGGUAUAUUCGACAAGAUCAACGUCAAAAUGCUGCCAAUCCUAAUCCGACUCACAUAGUACAAAAAUACAAAAAAGUCGGCAAAUUUAUGGCCACAGCAAGCGUGAAAGAUAUUUACACUAAGAAAACAUGUGUUGUUUUAUUGCUACGAACAGAUAUCAGGUUUAAAGUGAAUACAAACGAUAUGUUGGUUCUAAUGGAUAAAUCACGUACUACGCAGAUCAUAAAUAAUAAAGAAAUUCCAGUUUAUAUGAAUUGGCAAAUUUAUAAAGAGAAGCCAAUAGAUAUAGAUUUCUUUAGCUAA